AUGUCGUUCAAUUCACCUCCUAAGAUUCUCAGAAUUAAGCGUAAGAGAGACCAAGAUCCGCUACAAGCUUUGAUUUUGGAAGAUCGCAACACUUCGCUCUUGAGGCAUAAGAAGUCUAAACCUUCAUCUCUCGCAUCUUCCAUGAUACUGACUCCCUCUAAUUACGCCCAGAGCUCACAAACUGACCUUAAAAAUAUGCAAACUCAAAAGAGAUUUCACGAGUCUCUCCUAUUUACGUUGGCUAGGACGGAUAUUGUAAGUGAUAGGGAAAGAGUUAGUGACGACUCCGAGGUCAUUGAAUCUGUUUUGAGCGAGGCAUCUGGCUCUACCAAUAAGCGUAAGUUUGUCAUUCCUAAAAGACAAUUGGAAGAAGAUACAGUGAUCCCUAAUGAAUUGAGUGAUAUGUUGAGCAGUUUGUUGACCAAGGAAGGAGUCCUGUCAAAGGACCCCGCCCCACCAAAGAAGAGAAGAAAUAGGAUCCUAAAUUCAACGCUGUCACAGCAGCAGCAAGUGCAAGAAACUGAGCCGACUGCGUUUCAACAGAAGGAUGACGAGAUUGAAAGCUCAGGAAUAGAUCCUUCCCUUGAAUAUGUCUAUGAUGUGUAUCAACUCUCCCCUCUUACUACUGCCAGUCAUCCAUCUUCAACUAUUGGGUAUGUGCGAUUUUUCGAUGACCAGGAGAACGACUUGUAUCAGUCUGAUUCAGAUGCCGAAGACCGGCCCAAAUUCUCAGAUGACGAAGACUCCAAUGCUGAGGACUUUUAUCAAAACGACUAUCCUAGUGAUGAGGAUGCAGGCUCUCUUGGCUCCUCGUUCGAAACGGAUGGGAGCGUGCAUAUCAUCAAUCCCAAUGCACCUACAGAAGAUGCCGAAGAAGGGUAUGACUACAUAGAUAGCCAAGAUGUGAAGGAUGGCGAAUUUGAAGACUUAUACGACCAAUUUUACGAUGAUGACGAGGAUGAUCUUAAUCUACUUGAAGAAGACCAGUUCCAUGAAUCUGACAAUGAAUCUUUCGAGAGGAACCAAUUUUUCCCUGACGACGACGAGAAUGAGCUAGCCAUAUACAGAGAUAAAAUAUUUGGCAAACUACAAAAGAUGAUCAACGAAAAGGAUAUUGAAAAUGGAAUUGAACAUAAAUAA